AUGGCGCAGAUCCUGGACAAUGAGCUGUUUUUCAAAACAUCAUUCCAUGAAGAAGAAGGAUAUGUGAAAUCGGAUCCCUCCGGAGCGCGGCCUUCCUGGAAUGAUGUUGUAGCGGACGGUGGAGAACAUGACGAUGCCUUAAUGGUGACGCAUGUCAAUCAGACACAGGAUUUACUGAGACUAAAAAGCCCCGCAGUGGAUUUGCAAUCUUCUGACGAAUGGAUUAUUAAUAAUGGUGUGGAUGUCUUGCAUCUAACAAUUCAAGAUCUACUGAAAAUGGGACACAUUGUCAUGAGAAAUACAAGAAAUGCCUCGAAACAUAUUGAAAUCUCUGCCCACAUAAUUAACGAGUUUGAAUCAAGAAUACACAAUGCUAUUGAGCUCUAUCAGCAAAGAAUCCGCUGGAUGAUGGAAGGCAGCAAAAAGAUGUUUGGCCUUAUAAAAGGGAACAAUGUUGGAUUGUUGAUUGAUUCAUCCGAUCUAAACAGCGGACCAAGAAGAAUGGACUAUCUAAGAGGCCUUUUGUGUCUUGUGGAUGAGCAGUUGUGUUACAAAAAGAAGCUUUUCUUAAUGUCUUUUGGAACCAAUGUCACUUGUCUCUGGGGAACUUCGCAAGACGUUAACAUAAGCAUUCUGCAUGAAGCCAGGCAGUGGAUACAAGAGCAGCAACCCCGCGGCGGAUGCAAUUUACUCCUAGCGCUAAGGAGCGCCCUGAACGUACAAGAACUGGAUUCUCUAGUCAUUGUUGUUGGCGGCUGCCCAGACCAGACAUCAGAGGUUCUAUCUGACUACCUUCUUCAAUGCAGUCUGGGAAGACAACUCCAGAUUCACAUUGUGGCUUUUGACAGCAUUGACCAGGGUCAUUUACAAUGUCUGGCAGAAGAAGCAGGAGGCCGUUUUCAUUGCUACUCAUCCUGGAAAGAGGAUGAGAUCUAUGCUAGCACGAACGUUCAACUAUUGGUCAACGAGAUCCGAAAAGCUACUGACGUCCUCAACCAGAUCCACGAAAUGCGGCAAGGAAUGCUGGGAGACACACUCAUCAGUAUAAUGCAGGAGAUUUCUACUGCAGCUGAUAAGAUGCCACCAUCUGUGUUCCUCCCUAAACCUCCUAAUCAUGAUGGCCCUUUGAACAUUGAGAUUCCUAACUUUUUGCCUAAAACCUCGGCUGAAUGGCUCCAGACAAAUGGGUUGAAAGCCAAAAAACUGAGCCUCUAUCAAGUAUUGGCUCCAAACGCGUAUUCUGCAGUGGAGGACUUUGUACCUAUCCUUCAGAAAAACGUCUCAUCUACCCUUCAUGAGCGUGCAAUGAUGCAGUUUGAAUGGCAUGAUGGGACCGUGAAGAAUGUCCAUGUAGAUGCCCCGGUGCUGUAUGAUUAUCAGAUACAACUCGCAAAAGUGGUAAAAACCUACGAGAGGAGAAUAGAGUGGCUUACAAACAGUAGCCGAAGACCCUGGGGGACUGUCUGUGAAAAGAGGGUGGUUUUGCUUGUAGAUGUGUCUGAGCCAAACUCCAUGCAUAUCAUCCACAUCCAGCACUGUCUGCGGCUGGUACUGGAAGAACAGAUGGCAAACAAGGAUUUGUUUAACGUUAUUGCGUAUGGUAGUGACAUCAAAACUUGGAAUUCUGAAAUGGUUCCACCAACUGCUGAACAUUUACAGAAUGCGUGGAGGUGGGUUCUCAGCCUUCAGUGUGACGGUGGCAGGAACGUUCUGGCCGCACUUAAAGCCGCCGUAGAAGUUAACUUUAUUGACAAAGAAAAUCAAGAAUCCCAAGGAAUUUAUUUGUUCACCAGUGGAAUUCCUGAUCAAGAUGUGCAUGCUGUGUCCGCUUACCUGUCAGAAGCUGCCAGCGGCUCCGAUUUGCAACUUCACGUUUGCUUUUUCAAUAUCAAUGAAAUCGACACGGACAACAACCUAGAAAAUACGACUUGUGCUUUGAAGCAAUUAGCUCAUGCUACUAACGGAAGAUUUCACUGGUUUGAUGACAAAGCCAUGAUUGAAAGUGAUGAUAUCAGCUCCAUCGUCUCAGAAAUGAAAAAGGCUGUUAGCUAUUCCAGAAAGUGCGCUUACCUGGUGGAAUCGUUAAAACAACGCGCAAGAAGUAAGGGACGCAGUGAGGCCGUCCCAGAAGCAGCAGUGGUUCCAUAUCAGAAAGAGAAAACCAAGCCACGCAAAUUACCCCCCCCAAAACCGACUGCCCUGUCGCUUGCCAGAACGGGUUUAAAGGAAGACCAGGAAAAGAAGGAGUCCUCCCCAAAACCACUGAUGUGGCGUCCUAGUAGUGCCAAGGCUGAUAUUCCUCCAGCUCAGCCGUUGAAAGACUGGCAUCCGUCUUCUACCAACAAGAAGGGAAAACAAAAAAGAUCACCAAAGAUGUCCUACAAUGUGUUUUAUACUGAAAAUGGAAAAAAUGUCGGGAUCACGUACAAAGAAUAUCCCAUGGCAAAAACUGUAAGAAAGUCAGUCCCUUUCAUUGUAUUGCCCAAAGAAGAGGAAAUCUGUUCAACAAAAGAGUGGAUGAAAAAGUACAGUUUGAAGAGACUGAAGCUGGAAUUGCCCAAGCUGAUAUUUGGGCCUGAUUGUACCCAUCAGAAAAGAAUGGUGCCUUCUUUGCACAAACAGAUCUCUGCGAAAUACUGCACCAUCUUCCCAAGCGUUGAAGUCAAUGGAGUUGUGAAACAUCUUCAGUUUCAGCCUAAGGAGCUGGAGGAUUAUACUGAGCAAGCAGAGAAAGUGCUCAGACGCUAUAUUCAGCGAAUGCAGUGGCUAUUAUCUGGAAGCCGCCAGCUGUUUGGGGCGAUCCUGGAGGGUAUGGUGUGCCUGGUAAUAGAUGCCUCUGCUUACAUGGCCCCUUUCUGGAUAGAGCUGCAGAAGGGGUUGACAUCUUUGUUGUGGGAACAGCUGAGAACAAGAAACAUCUGGUUCAAUAUGAUAAGCUUCUCAGAAAGCAUCGAUUCCUGGCAGGAGUGCUUGGUGGAGGCCACAGACGAAGCUUGUCAUGAUGCUGUGCGGUGGAUUUCCAGGCUUACGCCGCAGGGGAACACCUGCAUUUUCCAUGCUUUAGAGAAAGGACUAGAGCUUCCAGAUGUCCAAGGCCUCUAUGUUCUGACCGAUGGGAAGCCGGAUUCCAGCUACAACCUUUUGCUGGCAGAAAACGUUCUCAAAUCGCAACCUAUAAAAAUUCACACUAUUUCUUUUAACACCUCCAAAGGAGGUGGAAAUGAACUUCUGAAGACGAUGGCUGCGCUGUCAGGAGGCCGAUACCAUUCUCGACAUGGAGAUAUGGACGGACAUUUAGCCGCUCACCGUAUGCUGACCGAAGGUUUCACCGAUGAGGAUGACCCUGUCCUCCCAAUAUUUGAGGGUGAUGAUCUAAGAAGGCUUGCUAAAGAAAUCACCAAAGGUCGGCAGUUCAUAACACAAGCAAGACGCUUCCAGUCGCUUAUAUUACAAAAACAGAAACUGGACUCAGAUUUAUGUUUGGAAGGAAGCGAAAACUCAAGUAAUGAAGUGGCUGCCAGAAAAAAACACUUGCCAUCUACAGGAGUUUAAUAAAUCCACUGUAUAUUCUAACCUCUGAAAUACACUUUAUCAAGAAAUGUUGCAUAUCUCUUAAAUAAUUACUUAAUAUAAAGUUACAUGUGUGGUAUCUGGAAACCGAUGUUGCCACAUUUAUUUAUUUUAUUGCAAUUUUCUGUAACAGUCUACUUUUAAAUAAUCGCAGUAUUGAUGACUAUUUUUAUAUUACACUGUAAGGCUUUGUAUAUUUUUUUUUAUUAAUUUGAUGUAAAUAAAUCUUAUGUAUGGAAAUCAAUUAUUUUAGAUGUUAUUGCUAUAUGGAUAUAUAAUUAUUUUUACUUUGAUGUGCAAAUAGCAUUAAUCAUUU